AUGAAGUGUUUUUAUAGCUAUGAAGGCUCUAUCAUUUUUCCAAUUCUCUUGGUAUCUUCUCUUUGUUACUUCAUUCCGAUUCUCGUUGCAUCUUUUGGUGAAGUUGAGAAUGAAACUCCAUUUACUUACACACAAGGGAGUGGCAAUGGGCCAAAGGAAUGGGGCAAAUUAGACCCAGACUGGAAACUUUGCAACACUGGGAAACAACAAUCUCCCAUAGAUCUUCUCGCCGAACAACCACAAGUUCUUCCUAGUCUGGGCAAGUUAAAAAGGGACUAUAAACCUGCUCCGGCUCGAGUCAAGAACCGAGGACACGACAUCACGGUAACGUGGAAAGGAGAUGCAGGGAAAAUUAUUAUAAACGGCACUGUUUAUAAACUGCGUCAUUGCCACUGGCAUUCACCGUCCGAGCACACAUUCAAUGGAACUAGGUAUCAGAUGGAGCUCCACAUAAUUCAUAUAAAUGCUUGUGAAGAGAUAGCUGUUACUGCUAUUGCUUACAAAUAUGGCCGACCUGAUCCCUUCCUCGCUAGGCUUCUCCACCACAUAAAAGCAGUGGAAGUGGGAGAUGAAGAGAAAGAUUUGGGGAUUGUGAAUCCGGGAGAUAUCAAGUUUGGUAGCAGAAAGUAUUUCAGAUACAUCGGUUCACUUACAAUUCCUCCAUGCACCGAGGGUGUUGUUUGGACAAUUGUCAACAAGGUGAGGACAGUUUCUAGGGAUCAGCUAAGGGCUUUGAGGGGUGUUGUUCACGAUGGAUUUGAAGCAAAUGCAAGACCAACUCAAUCAUUGGAGGGGAGACCAGUUUUGUUCUACACUCCAACAAUGAAUACUGGCUCUUCUUAGACUUAAGUAUAUAUAUAUAUAUAUAAUAAAAGAUUGGAAGAGGAAUUACAAUCAUAUGC